UUUGAAUGUCUAAAAUUUCCAACUGGGUAUUUUAUAACCAAUCAAGAAACAGCUGAUCCUAGCACUUUCUGAACAGCUGGUGCAUUCAUCGUCGAUUAAAUGAACUGACGCAAUUAGUUGGUAAACCAUUCAGUAUACCAGUUAACGUUAUAAAAACCGUUAAAUACGUACUCAAACGAGUUAAAUUUUUUUGAAUUUACAUACAUACGUACGCAGCUAGUUAAUGAUUGGUGACAUUUUUUCUCACCAAGUUGUGAUUUAAUAUUAUGAAUAAUAAUAAGCAAACAAUUAGAAUUGUUGGACUGCCUAGAAGUUUAUCAAUUCGAAAGCUUUCUAUUCUGUUGAAUCGUCAUAAGCAAGCGUGGAAAUUGGAAGAUUUAAUACCACUAGAGACAUGCUUGGUAGCCAUAGUUUGCUGUGAAACUGAAGAAACGUAUGACAGCUUUAUUAAACUAUCGUCAAUUCCGCCGUUUUCCUUAUUUCCUGGCUUACGAGUUUACAAUUUACCUCCUGCAACACACUAUACCCAGCAACUAGAAUUAAACUUAACAUCAACGGCUAGCCUUUUAUACCUUAAUACUGAUUGCCUGCGUAUUGUAUUCGAACAAUGCUCGCUCAAGUGUCAACUGGCCUUAGCCAAGGUGUGCCAUUAUUUUCACAAAGUCAUCGUGGACAUUUGGCGCCAGCGUUAUGCCACCUUGCUCUUCUCACUUUACCACUUCAAAGUCGUCCAUGAACUGAACGACAACGAAUUGUGGGAUUUUUGCCUGCUGGUCGGUCCGCAUGUUCACCGCUUGAUAUUCAACAGCGUACUCUUCUUCCCCGUCAUACAGCGUUUCAUUGCCGAUCAGCCGGGCAACAUGAUGCAGAAUGCCAAGCGCUACAUGAAUAUCAUACUUUGUCGUCAUUUAGUGCACUUCGCGCCGCUGCAAAGCUUUGAGGUGCAAGGCAAGUUCCUCGCCGAAUAUACCGUGCGUGAAUUGGCGCGUUACUGUCCGCAGCUGCGUGCGCUGCAGCUGCUGGACGCGGGCACACGCUGGCUGUUGGGUAAACACUUUCACUUGCUACGGCGCGUGGAAUUGCUCAACUUGCACGAUUGCGAGAACCUGCGGCGUCGUCUAAUGCGCAAAACUUGCCAUGCCUUACAGCUUAAAUCAUUGAAUUUGGUGGAAUGUAAAGAGCUGCUACAUCCACCUACCAUUUGGCAGCUAUGUAUGCACUUUCAGAUGUUGCAGCAGCUGCAUUUGACAGCUCUGGCGGAUACACCCUUGCUGGCGGCCAUAUUGGAGUUGCCAAAAUUGAAAGAGUUAAAAUUCUACUGGUUAAAUGAUUUUGUAGAAUUCGUGAAAUCGCUCUUUACUGAGCUCUCUCUCAGGCGCCGGGAGUCAUUGUGUACGUUGCACUGCGCGAAUGAGUCUAUUUUUCUAGAAAAUGCUUCACAGCGCGUUUGGCGUGCGGGUGAAUAUGCGGCCAUGCGUGAGCUGGCGACCAUCAAUGGGCGACCAUGGCAGUGGCAGGAAUGCUUCGACGAGUGGUUAAAGUUGUUGGGUGAUUGUACAUCGCUGGAGUCACUUACCUACGAGUACUGUCGGGUUUUUAGUUACGAACAGAUUUUGGCACUACCAAAGAUGGGUAGCCAUCUGAAAUUGAUUCGACUUAUUGGCUGCCGUGAUGAGUGUGAUGAGAAAUUGAUCAGGUCAUGGAUGCAGCAGCAAAAUCAAGGAUGUCGGUUGUGCAUUGAAGGAGAAUUACCUUGGGGUACCGUCCAGCGUUUGAGAGAUCGCGUAAUGCCCUUUCGCAGGGAAAAUAAUCACCAGCCUAUUUACCGCAGCAUUGAAUGCCAUUUCAAAUAACAUACAAAAAUAUAUUUACAUAUGCAUAAGUUCAUAAAAUCAAAAUACGAGUACAUAACUAUUAGUUGCGUUUCCGGUGCUUCACGGUUUGCAGGUUUUUACAGGAAGGUGUUCCCGGUCGCCAACUUCCUUUAUUAAUGGCGAAAACAGCUUUUACUGCAAAACCUGCAAAUCGAGAAUUAGCUGGAACUGUGCUAUUUUCUAUAUACAUAUGUACAUAUAUAUUUUUUAGGAACUUUUUGCUAAAAAUAUAGAACUUGCCAACACCGAAACCUGUUGUACCUCCAAACCAAAUUUGGCAGGAGAUGAUGGAAGCGCCAACAACCAA